AUGCAUUUCCCGGCACGGAAUUGCGCCCCUAUCGUGUCGGCGGCGACGGGGAGGAUAUCACAACGCGGUGCCCCGUACGCCUUGUUAGGGAAGAUUGGCUCGGCGGGGCUAAAUAGCUGGGGUGGGAACGGGUCUGGCAUUGCAUCUAGACAUAUCCGUUCAUUCUCAGGGAGGUGUCUCGGCAGAGGUAUUGGUCUCAGAGCUCAUAGUGCGUCACCGGUAACGAAGCCGGGAUGUGCUACGCCGGUUGCACGUCCACGAGAUCAUCUUGCAUGGAUUCAGACGAGAAAAUUCAGCAAUGCAGAUCAUACACAAGUCUCAGGCGAUAAUCAGAAGACAGAGGAGCUUUUAGAGAAGUUCGAAGUUCAAAAGGGCAACCAAGAAGCUCGACCUCAGCGGACAGUUCUUAGUGAGAAUGGUGAAAACGGAAAGUCUCCGACGGAAGGAGCGAAGUGGCCUGAAAGGAUGACCAAAGGUAAAAUAUUGACGACGCCAUCGCGGCUUUUCAAAUUGAUAAUCCCUUUAACGACCAUCGACAAUGGAGGCCAUGAUAAAGAAAUCGAACCUAUAGCUAUCCUAGUCCACCCCCAACAACCACUAUCAUACCUAGAGCGCCUGAUCCAGUCCGAACUACCCCCAAUUAAAGGCAGCACCGAGAAGCUCCGCCCACCAGCCAUAUCUUUCGUCGCACUCCAGCACGAUGACAACGCAAUCAAGCCCAAGAAGCGAAUCGAAGAUGAGAUCGACUUAGACGCAAACCAAGCUAAAGAAAAGGAAUUCAUCCCCAACAACGACGGCGUUGGCGGCAGCAAACCACUCAAUGGCAGAUCACCUACCCAGCACUGCUGGUCCCGAGAAGAGGACGUCGAAACCUACAGCUACCCACGCAACACGUACGGCACCCAGCCCCAAAACGGCGAACCCGAGCGCUUUGUGCGCUGGUCACAAGCCACAGAGAUAGGCGAUUUCAUCCGGGAUGCUGCACGCGCGGGCGAGUUCAUCGUGACGAUCGAAGGCGCGCCAUCCGGGCUAAGCCAGAUUCGCGUCACGGUACCGUCAUUCAACGAGCGCACGUAUUACCUCCGCUUGCGGCUGCGCAAGCUCUCGCGGCGCAUCCAAACCAUGGCGGGUGUGAAGGAAGAGUGUGAUGCGCUGGCACAUCGGGGUGCGCAGCGGGUUGCGAUAGGCGGGUUUGGAAUUCUUGCCAUUUGGUGGUUUACGGUGUACAGGUUGACGUUUGAGACUGAUCUCGGGUGGGAUACUAUGGAGCCUGUGACUUACUUGGUCAGUUUGUCUACGUUGAUGGGGGGUUAUUUGUGGUUUUUGUAUCACAAUCGGGAGAUUUCUUACAAGUCUGCGCUAGAUUUUACAAUCAGUGCUAGGCAGAAGAAGCUCUAUCAGUUGCAUAAGGUUGAUUUGCAACUUUGGGAAUCCUUGAUCGAUGAGGGGAACUCCCUUCGUGGGGAGAUUAAGAAUAUCGCGGCUGAGUAUGAUGCUGAGUGGAAUGAGCGAGCUGAUGAGCAGGAUAAGCGUGUAACAGAAGUCUUGAAGUCAGAGCGCCGGCAGAAGCAGGACAAGAAGAAGGAUUCGGAUGAUAAGGAUGAUGAGGAUGAUGACUGA